UGCAUUAGGAUUCGAAUAAAGUUCAUUCGUAGCCCCAGUUUGGUCCUAGAACCGUAGAUGAACAAACCUUUGGCCCUUGGGAUUGAGGGAAGUGCAAACAAGGUGGGUGUGGGCAUUGUGGAUGCCCGUGGUCAGGUUCUCUCGAAUGUUCGCGAGACUUAUAUUACCCCUUCUGGUACUGGCUUCCUUCCACGGGAAACGGCCAUUCACCACUCCAGCCACAUUCUUAGACUUGUGCAACGCGCGUUGGAUGAUGCCCACGUGCGGCCCCACGACAUUAAUGUAAUCUGCUACACCAAGGGGCCUGGGAUGGGUGCUCCGCUCUCGGUGUGCUGCACGGUUGCCAAGACUCUUUCUCUCCUGUGGCGAUGCCCCUUGGUUGGGGUAAAUCACUGCAUAGGUCAUAUUGAAAUGGGUCGCGUCGUCACAGGGAGUGUGAAUCCGGUUAUUCUCUACGUGAGUGGGGGAAACACUCAAGUUAUCGCCUACGCCGACCAUUACUACCGCAUUUUCGGUGAGACAAUUGAUAUAGCUGUGGGGAACUGUUUGGACCGUGUGGCGCGGUUGUUGCAGCUUUCCAAUGAUCCUGCACCCGGGUUCAAUAUUGAACAAAAAGCCAAAGAGGGAAAGGUUUUUAUUGAACUGCCUUACGUCGUGAAGGGUAUGGACAUGUCCUUCAGCGGGAUUCUCUCCUAUGUGGAACUUCUUUUACACCAUCCCCAAUUUGCUGAAAAGCACCUUGCGGAGGCCUCAAUGUCGUCUGCACGAAAACGUGGCCGGCACAUCCCCACAAUUCAGUUAGAAAUAACUGAGAUGUUCCGUUCUGAGGACAUUUGCUUUUCUCUACAAGAGACCAUUUUUGCAAUGUUAGUUGAGGUAACUGAGCGGGCCAUGUCGCAGGUCCAGUCGUCCGAUGUACUGAUAGUUGGCGGCGUUGGAUGCAAUAUGCGCUUACAGGAAAUGAUGCGGCAAAUGGCUCAGGAACGAAAUGGCCGCUGCUUUGACAUGGAUCAACGUUAUUGUAUCGAUAAUGGGUGCAUGAUCGCCUAUGCUGGUCUUUUGGAAUACUGUACUGGCGUUCGCACUGCCAUUCCUGAUGCAACGAUCACGCAAAGAUUUCGAACAGAUGCGGUGUACAUUGGGUGGCGUGACUAA